GAGCCGGCCUAGGUGGUGCCACGUUCCCUGCGGCUGCUGCAGACAAAUCAGUUGGGCCUCGGGUUGGCUCCCGGUGACCAUGGCCUUUACCCUGUACUCGCUGCUGCAGGCUGCCCUGCUCUGCGUCAAUGCGAUCGCUGUGCUGCAUGAGGAGCGUUUCCUCAAGAACAUUGGCUGGGGAACAGACCAGGGAAUUGGCGGAUUCGGAGAGGAGCCAGGAAUUAAAUCUCAGCUAAUGAACCUUAUUCGAUCUGUAAGAACCGUAAUGAGAGUGCCAUUGAUAAUAAUUAACUCAGUUGUAAUUGUAUUACUUUUACUAUUUGGGUGAAGAUCAAUUGGGGAAAUGGAAACUCAGAAGAAGAGAUGCCAGCAGAAGUUACUACUUUGGUCUUUGUUGGAAGAUACAUAUCUUAGCUGGCUUGUCCUUGGACUUGACAAAAAUGGAAACCUGAUAAAACCAGAGUCCCUAUUUAUCUUAUUUUUUUUUAAUAUUGCACUUACAGUUUCAUUACAAAAAGAUGGAAAUCAUCCGAAGCAGUAACUCUCCAGGAUUGAGAUACACUUGAUUGCUAUCUGUUAAUAAAAAGUACAUGGCGUGGUAACGAUUGUUCAAAGGUGCAGGACUAUCACUUCUGUGUUUUUAGAACUUUUUCUCUCACUUCUCAGGGAUGAUUUUUUUUUUUUAGCUUUUGAAUUUCCUUGUGACUUAGCUAUGAUGCUCAGAGAGAGGUUAUCCUCCUAGGCAAAAUGUAAAGGAUUUCAAAAAAGCAAUUACCACAUAUAAAAUGAUAAACAGAUAAUUGAGGUGAUUGAACUCUUUUGUUAAACAUUUUGUCUCUGUUGUCUUGGUUAUGAAAAAUUCAAGUUUAUAGUAACUAUUGAGGGCCAAUGCAAUCUGACUUCAGGGAGAAUAAUAAUUUUGUAAGUCAGAUAGUUGGAUGGUGAUUGUGUCUUUGUUUUAAAUUCUUUUCAUGCAUUUCUUAUUUUAAUAAUUGGCCUGAAUGAUGAGACCAGAUCAGUAUUUAUAUAUUUUCAUUGGUAGAAAAAUCUGAGUAGAAAAGUCUAUGCCCUUUUUACAAUGACGACUUAUUUUUUUGAAAUCAGCAUAAAUAUUACCCUGCAAGAGCAAUCCUAAACAAUCACAGUUAUAAACUGUACUGUGUAAGAGGACUUUAUUGUGAAACAUUUACCUCUCCCUAAAUUAUCACGUUUUCAAUUCUUGGAGUAGUAUAUUAAGGGGUGUGAUUCUUAAUUCUUCUUUCCAUCUGUCAUGAGGGCAUUCAUGCUGGAUAAGGUGUUUUGUUUUGUUUUGAUUUCGUGUCUUAGACCAUCCUAUAUUUUACUCACCCCAUAAUAUAGUUUUAUGCAAAAAGAUAAAACUGUAAAUGGUUUUUAUGGAAAUUAUCAGUUAUAAUAUUUUAAAGGGGUGGGAUGGCAUAUUUGUUUAUAGGACAUUUGUAAAUAAAGUUAAAUUUCCAAGUCAAA